CUCCUCCCUCAACCACACCCCAGUGAAACCUGGCAGGGCUAGAUAGGGGUGAAUGGGGAGGGGACACACUGGGCAGCCUACAUUUCUGUGCAUCAAGUCAGAGGGCUGCGGAGACAGAGCCUGCAAGACAACCUCCCUGCAAUCCCAUCACCUGAGAGAGACCCUGGCAGUCAUGGACAGCCUCCUGAUGAAGAGAAAACUCUUCCUCUACAACUUCAAGAAUCUGCGCUGGGCCAAGGGUCGGCGUGAAACCUACCUCUGCUAUGUUGUAAAGCGCCGUGACAGUGCUACAUCGUGCUCCCUGGACUUUGGAUACCUGCGCAAUAAGAUGGGCUGCCACGUAGAGGUGCUCUUCCUGCGCUACAUCUCAGCCUGGGACCUGGACCCGGGUCGUUGCUACCGUAUCACCUGGUUUACCUCCUGGAGCCCCUGUUACGACUGCGCCCGGCAUGUGGCUGACUUCCUUCGUGCCUACCCCAACCUGACCCUUCGCAUCUUCACAGCCCGCCUCUACUUCUGUGAGGACCGCAAAGCAGAGCCUGAGGGGCUGAGGCGCCUGCACAGAGCAGGGGCCCAAAUUGCCAUCAUGACUUUCAAAGAUUACUUCUACUGCUGGAACACAUUUGUGGAGAACAGGGAAAAGACAUUCGAAGCCUGGGAAGGGCUGCAUGAAAAUUCUGUCCACCUAUCCAGGAAACUUCGACGGAUCCUCCUGCCACUGUACGAAGUAGAUGAUUUACGAGAUGCCUUUAAAACCCUGGGACUUUGAAGUGAAAGUCAUCAGCAAUCAGAAGACUUCACAAACACUUGUUCUUUGAUUCCUAUCUCUCUACCUUAGAACAGAUUUUUCUCUUCUUCCCUUUUUUACAUCUCUUCCUUCCAUCACUGUGUCUAGAGAUAAAACUAUCCUUACUUUUUAAUUUCCACGGAGAAGUAGGCUGAUCUUCUGAAGACACAUUCCCCAGACUCACACCUCCUCCAUUGCUAGCUUUUCCACUGGGAAAAGCCAGGAUUACAGCAACACUGCCAGAGAGCGAUUUGCCUUCCCUUGGUCCCUGCAGAGCUAAUUCAGCUGGUCCAUUAAAUGGAGUUCUGAGUUUAACCUUGUCCAGGUGGGAUCAGACAGACUGCAAAGCUGUUUGUGUGGCUAUGUUCUCACUGACACCAUACUGGUUGGCAUAUUUCAUGAGGGCUUGGGCCUCUUGGUCUCUUGCCUCUUAUUGCUGCACUACACUGAGCUGCUAUGUGUACUCCACUGUGAAACAGUUGAUUUGUCCUUUUGGAUGUGUGUAGGAAGUUAAAAACAACCACCAUUUAAGUAGGAUAGCCUAUGUCCUAACAGUAAAAUUGACCAGCUAUUGGAAAGCUUGACUCAGAGUGUUGAAUUGAGUCCUGGACAGCCUAGGUAGCUUAGCUUGAAAAUAUCACUUGAAACCAGCAGGUCCUUUAAGUGGACUGUGUGCAGGCUGAGGCCCUGUAGUGCCUCCUGCCCAGAAAGGAGAAAGCUUCAGUAGCUGUGUGCUCAGGUUUUAUGCCCUAGGAGAGGUUGAAAAUAGACAAUAAAAUCCUGAAAUGAAAGCAGAAGUCUUGGUGGUCAACAUUUUCAAGUGCGAGCUGCAGUUCUGGGUGUCCAGUAAGACAUUUCCCAUGCAGAAAUAGGAAGCCCACUCGACUCCUAUUAACUAUGUUGAGAUAUGGCAGCUUGGGGUCUGUACUGAUGAGUGUGUGGAUCUCCUACCCAGCCAGGAAAGGAGUCACCAAGGCACUUCACCUCUGUGACGUUUUCUCAGUACACGUCUGCUGGAAAACAUACUUCAUUUCCACAUUCUAUUAACCCUCAGAUCUAAUUUCUCAGUUGUUCAGUUUGAAGCUGUGGCAUGAUAGAUGGUGCAUUGUCAUCCACAUCGGUCACCAUCUGUUUCUUCAUAUACCUCAAGGAGGAGCACCACCAUUCUCACUGCUGGAGUACUUUUUGUCCACUGAGCUUGCGACAUGGUCCCUCCCUAGCCGAUUGCCCUCUGCUGGAGGCAACUUAAUAGUACCACAGCCUUCUUAUUUUCAGGCCUUUUAUUACCUGUAAUAUGACCAGAUGCAUCUAGUUGGUGACUGGACUGAGAGUUUACCAGAAAAAUCACCUGGAACAAACAAAGCUAUGCAGCCUGUAGAUAGGUAGCUUCUGUAGGGGAUAAAAUCAAAGCAUCCUCCUGCCUGGCAGUCUCUGUGUUUCCAGAAGUGGACCCCAACAGUGCCUGAUCUUGUGGACAGUCUUUACCAAGUUGAAGACAUGAGUUCAUAGUACACGCCUACUCACCACCACCUUUCCACUUCCUAAAUUACAGAUGGAUUGUCCCCUGCAGUCUAACCUCUUUAGGCUUUGUCAAGGCUAAGUGUGUCCCACGUCCUGGGAAUGCUCUGUAAUUUCCUUCAUGAUGGAGUUCUCUGCUCCAUCCUGUUCCUGUUUCCAAGUGCGGCUGGAGGCUCUUGUGUCCCUUCCUAAAACAGCUCCUCUGAUGAUAUACCUGCCACAGGAAGACAGCAGAGACCCUUACUCCCACAGUGGCUCCUCCUACUGGGAGAUGUCACAACCACAAGCUUGCCACAACUUCAGGCUGGUGAAACACUCUCAGCUUGAAGAAAUUUGUCCAGGAAUAACAAUGAGAGUUCUUUGCAAAGCAUUAAUUUGCAAGCAUGGUGUUAUAUAUUUGUUUGAUGUGGUGGAUAAUAUUUAU